AUGGAUCAUUCAAUGCACGAUAUGGGAAAUAUGGGCGCUAGCGCUAGCUCUUCAAUCAUGUCUAUGGCAGCUUCAGCUACUAUGUCCAUGGCAACGGCAACGGCUACACCCACAGCUGCUUCUCAUGACAUGUCUCAUAUGGAUAUGAGUGGUAUGUCUAUGUCUAUGGGUACAUUCCAUUGGAGCUCCUCUGGUGAUGGCAUUUGGUUUGAUGCCUGGGUCCCCAAAUCUGAAGGUGCUUACAUUGGUGCAUGCUUUGGUUUAUUCUUCUUCGCCAUCCUCUCUAGAGGUCUUCCUGCUCUCGAAGCUUACUUCAUUGCCUGGAAACGACUUCGUGAUAAUAGAGUUGCAGGAAAUCAAUCGGUAUCAGUCCAAUCUGCUGCUGUCAAGACCGAUCUCGAGAAAUCAGCCAAUCCAACAGACGAUUCAUCCUCACAAUCAUUCAGUCCAAACGCAUACCCCAGCCCACUUAGAUUACCUGCAGUGCCACCCUUCUCCUGGACGACUGAUACUGUCAGAAGCUUUCUUAGUGCCUUCAACUCGUUUAUUAGUUAUCUCCUCAUGAUGGUUGUUAUGACCGGCAAUGGUGGCUUCCUUGUGGUUAUCGUAAUUGGUGUCUUCUUUGGUGAAAUGGCAUUUGGUCGUUUCAGAGCUCUAGGCGGUCUUUUAGAUGAUCAUGCCCACUAA